AUGGAUGAGAAUGGUGAAAGGCGUGUGAUGUUGUUUGGCGUGAACAUCGCAGCAAAACGUUCUAAAGUCAAUGAUUCCGUGAACGAUAGUUUCAACACUGAGGAUGAUAAUCAGAAUGAGAUGGAGCUUUGUUCUUUUGAUAAACCGGAGGAUGAUGAUGAGAAGAAUGAAAAUCCAGAUUCUGGUCAAAGUUCUAACCAGGAAAACCGAAAAAAAAAGAUGAAUUUAAAGAAACUUUAUUGUUGCAUUGUAGUGAAACAAUGGACAAAGAAUGAACACAAGGCGUUUUUGGUAGGUUUACAAACUGUUGGGAGAGGUAAAUGGAAGGAUAUAUCAAGGAACUAUGUCAAGACCAAGACUUCUACUCAAGUUGCCAGUCAUGCUCAGAAGUUUUUUCUUAGACAAAGAAGUUUUGAUAAAACUAAGCGCCAAAGCGUCUUCGAUAUGAUGCUUGAUUAUGAAGAUUCAGAAACUCCGAGUCCUUCUCCUUCGCGGAAACCAUCCCCCAGCAACUCUAUUUAG